GCGUGACGCUAACAGAUAGAGAAAUAGAGAUGCCAGUCUCCAGUUUAAUUAUGAAACUGGAGAUGGAUGAGGAUGUGACUGUGAUCUAUUUGUGAGACCAAUGGUCAAAAGAAGAUGAAUGUAAUUUAUUGUCUUUAUCUUUUUACAUCGGUUAUAUUUCAAUAAGGUGAAUGGUGAAGAUACAGUGGAUAGAGAAGGCUAGAAAUGAAGAGAUAUUAGAAAGAAUAGGAGAGCAGAGGACUAUAUGGAAGUCAAUAAGAAAUAGGCGAGAUUGACGGUAUCACACAAGAAGAAGAUAAAUUCAACAAUUUUCUAACGAGGUGCACAAGAACAGCGUUACAUAUGCGAAAAAAGGGUUUUAUACCUCAAGACAAAAUAACUAUUUGUACAUUUAAUACAUUAAAUAGUGCAGUACCAUUAAUAGCAUCAUUUUUUACUGGAGUUAUCCCGUCAACAAUUGACCCCACAUUCUCAGUAGAUGAUUGCAAAUAUUUUCUUCAAAUGCUGAAACCGAAAGCUAUUUUUGUCGGUUCAGAUUCAGUUGAUUUAAUUGUUAAGAGUCUUAAGGCGAGCAAUUUGGAAUCAAAAAUUAUUGUGCUCGGCCCUUCCAACGAUUAUGAAUCUUUCGAAAAUUAUUUAGCUCCAAUCGAUGGGGAAGAAUCAUUUGAGCCACACGAUGCCAUAAAUUGGAAAGACACUGCUAUGAUUCUUUUCAGCAGUGGAACCACUGGUAAACCAAAAGGAAUUUGCAUAAACCAUAGUUUCCUUGUCAACAUUGCCCAGUCGUCAUUGUACUCCAAAGGGGAUAGGGUACUAUUCUUGUCAUCCCUGUAUUGGAUCACACAAGUCGGUUUAACUGUUGCAAACAUUUUUCUUGGAUUUAUCAAAGUGGUUUACCCGAGAUAUGAUGGUCCUGCAAACUUUUGCAAAGUUGCAGAAAAGUGCAAGGUAACGAAUUUUAUUUAUUUAUUUUCAUCAUCAUAAGGUAGACAGUCCUAAGAGUGGUUG